GCUCCUCUCCCAGUCGGGCCGUGUGUGUCACCGCAGGGAUGGCGGCGCUGGCUCGCAGCGUGCUGGUGACAGGCUCCAACCGCGGCAUCGGGCUGGAGCUGGUGAGGCAGCUCGCCGCCAGCCCCCGGCCCCCGCAGCACAUCUUCGCCACAUGCCGUGACCCCGGCGGGCCGCGAGGGAAGGCUCUGCAAGAAUUAGCUGCCCAGCACCCCAGCAUCAAACUGGUCCAGCUAGACACUGUGAACUUGCCCAGCAUCCGUGGAGCCGUGUGGGCUGUGGGGUCUUAUCUGAAGGACCAGGGCUUGAACCUGCUCAUCAACAAUGCGGGUGUCAGCUCGCAUGCCACGCUGCACUCCCUGAAUUCCCAGGAGAUGCUCUCUGUGUUUGCCACCAAUGCCAUUGGGCCACUCCAGGUUGCAAAGGAAUUUCUGCCGCUUCUGGAGAAGGCAGCAAACGGCUCGGGGCAGGAGGGGCUGAGCUGCAGCAGGGCUGCCAUCAUCAACAUCUCUACCAAGCUGGGCUCCAUCGGGCUGUGCCUUGGUGUGCACCAGGACCCCAUGUACCCAUACCGUGCCAGUAAGGCUGCCCAGAACAUGGUGACAAGGUGCUUGGCUGCAGAGCUCCAGGACAAGGGGAUCUUGUGCACAGCCAUCCAUCCUGGCUGGGUGAAGACUGACAUGGGAACGGAGAAGGCACCGCUGAUGGUGGAGCACAGUGUGCGGGGCAUCCUGACCGUGCUGGCCAGCCUCUCGCAGGACAAUUCCGGAGCCUUUCUCGACUGGGAAGGGAACAGCCUGCCUUGGUGACAAGAAGAUGACUGUUGUGUCUUGCCCAUGCUGUGGCCUCCUGCUUGCCAGCUCAUCCCUCUGCACGGUCACUCUGCUUACCCUCAUGCCAGUGAGAUGGGAAGGGUGUGGGAAACAACUUCUCAUCCCUUCCCCACCCGUGCGUGGCCCUGCUGUCCCCCUGUGACCCCCACCUCUGUAAACACUGGGAGCUGA